AUGGGCGCCUCCUCCCUGCUCGGCGUUGCUCUUUGCAGCGGCGGCAAUGUACUCAUCAGCGUCGCGCUAAACGUGCAGAAGCUGUCCCAUAAGCGCAUAGAGGAGCAGCAAGACAGUGCUAGUGAACAUGGACAUGGAUCGCAGCCGACUACGCCCUCGACGAGUCACUCGUGUCGACAUGAUCAGCCAGAGGAACUCUCGGAUUCCACGACGCUUGCUCCUGGCUCGCCGAAGCCUGCCUUCGUACUCGCGCGUCCUUCUGUGCAGGAUCUGAAGCCGCCUGUCACCUCGCCAUCUGGCCACGAACGAGGAGAUCCAUUCUUUGCCACUCGCCAGGAGGAACAGGGCGAUGUACAAUAUGUCACACCCAUCAUCAAGCUUCCGAGCUCGCCGACAGCUGACGAGGAUCAGAUCUCGCCAAAAGAUCAUCCGCAAGAGCGCCCAUCCCACGCGAGAGGCGGAAAGACCUACCUGCGCUCAAAGCUCUGGUGGCUCGGCUUGACCCUCAUGGCCAUCGGCGAGGCUUCAAAUUUCAUUUCCUACGGUCUAGCGCCGGCAUCGCUUGUCGCACCUCUCGGAUCAGUCGCACUCAUCGCCAAUUGCUUCGUCGCGCCACUGCUGCUCAAGGAAACAUUCAGAAAGCAAGACAUCAUCGGCAUCGGCAUGAGUGUCAUCGGUGUCUCCACAGUCGUCAUCAGCAGUCAAUCGAGCGAACAAAAGCUCUCGCCCGACGAGCUCAAGCGCGCCAUCCGUGGCGUUGGCUUCAUCGUAUACGCUAUCGUCUCCCUCGUCCUCAUCGGCAUCCUUUCGUUCUUGUCUACACGCCCGGUCGCUGAUCGCUGGAUCAUCAUUGACGUUGGCUUAUGCGCCCUCAUCGGCGGGUUUACCGUGCUGACUACGAAGGCCAUUUCGUCCUUUCUCAACAUCAUCUUCCUCGAUAUGUUCCGCGAGUGGAUAACAUACCCGAUCCUGCUCAUACUCGUCCUGACCGCCGUUGCGCAAGUCAAUUACCUCCAAAAGGCACUGCAGCGCUUCGAUAGCAGGGAGGUCGUCCCAACGCAGUUUGUGUGCUUUACGUUGUCGGCGAUCAUUGGCUCUGCUGUGCUCUACCGCGACUUUGCAAACGCAGACUUUCAGCGCGUUCUCAACUUUUGCUUUGGCGUGGGUAUCGUCUUCGGUGGUGUUCGCGUCCUCACACGGUCUCAAGAAGACGAGAACGACGCAGGCCGGCAGCGAAAGAGCCCAACAGACAAUGAAAGAAAUCGCUUGCUCGAGCAAGGCGAUCAUGUAGGCUAUCUCACCACCUCUGCACAUGGCCCGACGCCGCCCAGGUCGAUCAGGCGGCGGAGUAGCGCGCUUGCACUCACUGGGCGACGAAUGCUUUCUUCGGGCUAUGUGCUCAUCGCUCACUCGCCCACGGCGUCCAAUCCGGGCAGUCUUAUUCAGCGGGACUCGUUCGGUCAGCGUACGAGGCGCCGCUCGUCCCUCGAUGCCCGGCAGAAUGAGUUUCCCUGGUCAAACACACGCACAAAGUCCAGCCAGCGAGCCAGUGCGGCAGACGAGGAGACAUGA